AUGGAGUCCCCGGCUGGCUUCUCUGAUGCCGCUAUGGAUCAGGAUGAUAUUCCCUAUCCUUGCAAGGGCUGUGGAGAGAUUCUGGAGGAAGGAAAAGCAUUUGAAUUAGCGGGCAAUAGGUGGCAUAUCGAUUGUUUCCGAUGCAACACCUGUAACACUCUUUUAGAUUCGGACGCUCAUCUCUUACUGCUCGGCGACGGCUCGUUAAUAUGCAGCAACUGCACAUACAGCUGCAGCUCCUGCGGGAACAAGAUAGAGGAUCUGGCCAUCUUGACGGGCGACCAGGCAUUCUGUGCCAACUGCUUCAAAUGUCGAAACUGCAAGCGGAGAAUCGAAAACCUUCGCUAUGCGAGGACGUCCCAGGGUAUUUUUUGCAUGGACUGCCACGAGUCACUUAUGCAGCGACGUCGCAAGAAAAAGACGGCCGCGAAAAAGCCAAGUACUAUAUAUGACAAAUCGCUUCCGUCUCUACCACCGACUAUGGAAGAUGCUCGGGCUAAUCGCGAGCCUGAGACACUACCGGCCAGGGAGUAUUCUGCUUCCCCAGACGUUCCUGGCCGUGGUUAUCCCGUGGAUGAGCGUACGUCAAGCCGUACUCGCUCUGAGGAACCUCCCGCUCAGCAACCAGAACCUACUCAUAAUCAGGUAGAUAAUCUUAUCCUCCCUUCCAGUGCAUACCGCCCCGAUGGGAACAAGCGCCAGUCCACCAUGUCUACAAGGUCGGAUGUUGAUGCCGGAGAGUUCUUAAUACCAGUCGCAUUCGAUCCCACACCUGAAGAACGUGUGACGCCGCGUAGUGAACCUGUUCCAGAAGAAACUCGCCAUCCACGAGACUACAUGGACAAUUCACAUCCAGCAACGUCCUCUCGCCAGGCCUCGGCUGACCGUACAGAAACUAGUCAAGUAUCUGCCCCUCAUAUUGCCUUCCAAGCAAAAGAGCGCCAACCCAGCGACUCCACCACCGAUCAGAACCGCUGGCGACAAGAGCCAACGCCGAAAGUCGCUCAGACGAAGACUGACAGCAGUGAUGGAUUCAAAUUACAGGAAGCGCCGAGAGGGCGGAAAUCUGCUUCAACCAAUAGCUCCAAGUCCGACCUUCACACUGCCAAAGAAGGAACGUCUGUAUCAACAGGUUCUCCCGGAGCCGCUACCGCAACUUCAUCCGAAUCAUCCAAGCCGCCCCAGUCCUUUACGGAAAAGCCCACAAGCCCCUCAGUAUCCAUUUCCUCGCCGCCAGUGCGAUCACCCGGACAGAAUCGUAACAGUUAUAUUGAAAUCGAGACUAAUCGUGUGGAUGCUAAUAGAGCUUUCCCAAAGUUAAACACACUCCAGUUCCCUCCAAAACGAGGAGACUCUUUGGAGCACUUCGUUUCUAGCCAAAUCCAGCGUAAGGAUGUUGGCUCUACUCCUAGAUCUCCAUCCGGUCAGGUCGAAAAGAAGACGAAUGUGGGGGCAGUGACUACAGAACAAGGCCGCGACUCAAAGGAACCAUCUGGUGUUUCUCGGCAACUGACUCAUAUGUCAGAUGAAUCAGAAGGAUCAAGAAAUGCUUCGGCAGAACCUACCAACGUACCGAUUUCUUUGGACAACUAUCACACUCGUAACGGGUCGCACGCUCCUUCUCUUUCGGAUGGUGUCAAGAAUAACCUUAAUUCAUCACCUGGAUUGCUGCGUUAUAGUGGCGGCGGUGACUUUUCGCUGGACGAAGAUUUAGCUCGAAUCCUAGGAGCCGAGGGCCAGGCAGGUAAACGUGAAUCCUUCAAGAGACAGAUGACGAACUCUGUGCGCCAUGGUCGGAGCUAUAGUGAUAAGGGCUCGGUCAUGUCUAAGGACGGCAAGUGGCCUAAAUCUCCAGUCAUUGGUAGCCCUUUUGCGCAAGAUGUCAGCAGCCCUGACACCGCUUCUCCAAGUGAACAACGGGAGGAUAUGAGUUGGUUAAGGGGUGAGCUGCGCAGAGAGCGCCAGCGAGUAGUAGAAAGAGACCAGAAGAUUGCGGAGCUGGAGAGAGCAUUGAAUGCUCAGGCAGAUGUCAGAAAAGCCAACACUGAAUUGCGCGAGAAGCGAUCAACCAUGGUGGUCUUAGAUACCAAGAAGGAAGUGGUGAUGCGCGAACUUGCUGCAAUCACAGAACAUCUUGAUAGAGAAAAGCAUGGCGCUGCUCCUCUGGAUCUGGAAAAAAUCACAAACAGUGUUGUCCGUAGCUUUGCAGAAAAGUUGCAGCAGCUCAAAGACUCCUUUGCUCCACAGAUUGAAGAGCUCAUGCAAAACCGAAAUGACAUCGUGGAGGAAGUGGCAAAUCUUUCACGCAUGAAAGAUAAGAGUUUUCAAGAGUUUGAACAGCUGUCUUCAAAGAAUGCACAAUUGGCAGAAUUGAACAAUCAGCUCGUGAAUCAGAUUCAAGGUCUUUACAAAGCCAGCUCAGCCACAGAAUCAACACGCUCCACAAAUGGGUUAGGCGUUUACUCUCACAACAAAGAAAAAUCUACAGGUUCUGUUGAUGCUUCCAAGGCCGCCGAUCUUGCUUCGUCAGUUUCCACCAUGACGAUCCAAGACGAGGCCGAGCCUGCGACUAUCGUUCCUGGACCCCAGGUUGUCAGUAUCCGCAAAGGACAGGUGCGUAAAUUCAACUGGAAACGAGGAGGGCAGAGUGUGGCCAAGGGUGUUUCCAAGGGACUCAAAGCCUUCUCGGGCGAAAAGGAGAUUAUCGGUCCCGACGGAACAGUUCAGCAAGUCGAGGGAGUCAACCCGCCACUGCCACGGUCUCAAACUCAGGAGCCCAGGUUUGGAUUUUUUGGAAAUCAGAAGCGACAGGCUGCUUGGAAGAAUCAGACAAAUGGAAGCUCACCAGCGUUGGUUGAUGCUGCUCUGACCAGCGAGAGUCUUUUCGGUGUCGAUUUGGAACAACGCCUAGAGCAGGAGAAGAGCAUCAUCCCUUCCAUCGUAACACGCUGCAUUCAAGAGGUUGAGUUGCGAGGAAUGGAUGAAGAGGGCAUUUAUCGUAAAUCUGGCGCGUCGACCGUCACCCAGAUUAUUCGAGAAGGAUUCGAGCACGCAAAUGAUUACGACAUUUCUGAUCCAGACCUUGAUAUCCACGCCGUCACAUCCGCUCUCAAGCAGUACUUCCGCAAGUUGCCUACGCCGUUGAUCACACACGAGAUCUACGAUAGUGUCAUUGAGACAAAUGAGGUUUCUGGGCAAUCCGCUCGGGUCGAGGCGUUGCGUGCAUCACUCGAUGGGCUUCCACGAGUUCAUCGCGAUGUGCUGGAAUUUCUCAUCUUCCACCUGAAGCGCGUCGUGGAACAUGAAAAGACGAACCUUAUGACCAGUCAAAACAUCGCGGUCGUUUUUGCUCCAACAAUUAUGAGACCAAAGGACAUUGCCCGAGAGAUGACGGACGUCCAGAAGAAGAAUGAAGCCUUGAAGUUCAUCGUGGAGAACUGUCAAGAGAUCUUCAUGUAG